UCCGCGUCCUUUUCAGAGACCCGAUCACAACCACCGUCACCACCUUCACCAGCCUCAUCACCAUCACCGCCGUCAAUCCCCCUGCCACGCUCACCAUCUAUACCCUCGACACCCAGCACUGGAAGUCCACAAGUCUUCACAGUCCCAGCCUCCUGUCCCUCCACUUCCCAGCCCACUUCAGCCCCCAGUUCCCACACCUCUUCCGCUGAAAGCUCCAUACUUGACUUGUCCGUAUUCAUUUCACUCAACCCCCAACCAGGAAUGACCCGUGAUCCCAGCCCAGGCAUGACUUUUCCAAGUCUAUCCAGCUCAGAGGCAGACCCUCAGUCCAUGUCCAGCUCUCAAGCCAGCGAAAACUUCACCGCUCCAAGAGGUACUUGGACUGUCUCAACGGAAGAAUAUCCUCGACCGACGGACAAUCUACAACCAAACUCGCAAACCAGCUCCCAAGAAGGCUUCAUCUAUUUCACCGAGACCCUACCCCUGAGCCCUCCUAUUCCACUUUCCCGGUGCCGGGGCGGUACUCCUCAGAUUAACUCCCAAGCUACUUCCCCGGACACUUCAAAUCCCCAACCCAGCAUUUAUCCAUACCCUACUCCUAUCCUACAAGUCAAAAUGCCCGGCUAUUGGGCUUCCUCUCGCAGUACUUCCCCCAUCCAAUCUCCGUUGUCCAGCUCUCAGCCAAGUCCCCAACCUCAUACCGCAACGAGCUCCAACCCCUACCCCAGUCCUAUUCUCCACGUAACCAUCAUGCCCGGCUCUUGGGUUUCCUCACCCAACUCUCCUAUCUCUUCUCUUUUCAGCUCGCCUGCUCUUGAGGCGGCUAUCUCUAGAGAUUCCAUUCCUUCGAAUCCUUCCACCACUUUCACCACUUCCACCGUUUCUCCCACUUCUUCUACUCCUGUUAUGCACGCGGGGAAUGACGCAGAAAAUACAGGUACUUCGCAAAUAACCAUCACCAUCGCCGGCCUCAACAUCUGCAACCCUACCACACAUGGCACCAACACCGACAGAAACACCAACACAAACACAUGCGCUAACCCCAGUGACAACACCAACGAAAAAGGACUUAACGCCGCUUUGACAACUUUGACUACCAUGCGCAGCUCGUGUGAAGGUGGUCCCCCUUCUCCUGCUAGUAGUACGGGUAGUUUUGAGCUGGGUUGUGUUCAGCAGUGAGAUACCUGAUAGGAAGGAAGGGUGAAUGGAUGGAUGGAUGGGAUUCGAUGGGGAUGAGAAUGAGAAUUGGGCUUGGAAUGGUAGUUCGAAGGGGGGAAUGGUGUACCUUACCUCUAGGUACAGGCACAGGCAGGUGAGUAGAAGCAGGGAAAGCGUAGGAGAGAUAAGUACCUAGGUACCUCCAAGGUACCUCUAGUGAGCUUGGGAUUGUGACGAGGAGAAGAUAUAGUGAGCGGUAUGCCAUCAAGUAUCUGUAUUGCCGUGUGAACCAUCCGGAUCCCCCAUCCAGUCAACGAAACAAGCUAUGGUACCUCUACCUGCGCAAAGGACGAAGAGACCUAGCAAACACGGACCCCGUUGACUCAUCGAUAAACCCCCUGAGCCCUCAGAUC